AUGGAUAGUGUUAAUAUAGAAUAUUCAGUCGGAAGUGGUCUUCCAUCAUCGUCUGCUGCUCCACCAUCUUAUGAAACAUCUUCACCAAAUACAACAACUAGAUUUAAAAAUACAUUAAAACAAAGACGUGAUGUUUGUAUUCGUUUUUUCCUAUCAAUUUAUGGAAUAUUAAAUAUUGUCAUUAUUAUUGCACUUGUUUGUGUACUGAUUAGUGCUGGUAUAGCUAGUUCUGAUGAUGCACGUACAGCAGAUCAUCUUUCUGGUUUAUCCAGCACCAAAGUUAGUGCUUUUCAUACACGAAAUGCAAUUCUUGUUUUUGCGUCUGUUGGCCUAUUGCUUAUUCUUGUUGAUACUUUUCUUCAAAUAACUGGUCUUAUUAAACGUUUACCAAAGCAAUUUGAUUUAAUUUUUACACUUAUAAUGCUUGUACUUGCUGCUAUAUUUCUUAUUCUUGGAUGUUGUUCAGCAGCAUGGGGAAAAAAAAUGAGUGAUGCUUCAAUAGGACCUAUUAAUGUGGUAUGGAAUACAGGCUGUGCUGCUGCAGCUGCGGCUUUUUUAUUCGUUGCUAUGAUUGCUACAAUUAUGAAUUUUGUUUUACGUUUGAUUCGACCAAUAGAACGUGGUAAUGAUGGAUAA